UCUGACUGGACAAACGGAUCGUCAGUCUGCAAGAGAAGGCCGGUGCGCGCGCCCUCUCCGCCCCGCCCUCCCCUCCAGCAGCAGGUUGGGUUGAGAGGUCGCGUAGGGGACCGCGGACAGCUCCAGUGUGGAGAGCAGAGCAGCAACAGAGGAGGAGAGGCUGGACAUGGGGGCCCGCAGCAUCACCAUAAGAACACGCCGGGGACAUUAAACACAAAGACGCCGCGCUGGAGAGGCCUGCGGAGGACCGGGAAACGACGGGAAAGUGAGGAAAAAAAGGGGGGGGAAGGCGGCUACUGACCCAUCCCGGAGCAUCCGAGGAAGGAGGAGGAGAGAGGAGAUAGAAUUCCGCGCACCUGAUGGACUGAGACGGACAGAUGAAUGAAGACUGCCUACACUAACGCCUAUCGAUGCCUGGCCAAGGACCUGGACGCAUACGCCAUGAACACGGACAUGACAAUGGAGGGCAUUGGCAGCCUGCAUGGCGGGGUGGCGGUGAGCUCCAUGGCCCCUGACGCGGAGCUGAUGAGCGUCCACAGCCCGCACCCCGGCCGCGGGGGCUCCUCAGGGGCCAUGGGGGGACACGGGGCGGCGGCGGCUCUGCGGAUACACCAGGACCUGGCCGCCGCCGCCGCCGCCUCCUCCCGCUCGGCCAUGGUGUCCGGCAUCCUGGAGGGCAGCGGGGAGUACCGUCCAGAGCUGUCGCUGCCGCUGCACCACGCCAUGAGCGUGCCGUGUGACACCUCCUCUCCCGGGAUGGGCAUGAGCGGCACCUACACCACCUUAACCCCGCUGCAGCCGCUCCCCCCCAUCUCCACCGUGUCGGACAAGUUCCAUCACCACCACCACCACCACCACCAGCGGCUGCCCGGCAACGUCAGCGGGAGCUUCACCCUGAUGCGGGACGAGCGCGGGCUGCCGGGCAUGAACAACCUGUACAGCCCGUAUCACAAGGAGCACAUGUCCGGGAUGGGUCAGAGCUUGUCCCCGGUGCUGGGCUCCAUCCACAACACCCAGCAAGCUCUCCACAACUACGGCGCCGCCGCGCACGGGGGCCACGAGAAGAUGCUCAACUUCGACUCGAACCACGCCGCCUCCAUGUUGGCCCGAGGGGAGCACCACCAGCACCGAGGCCUCGGCGGCCCGGCGGGCGGGAUGAUGCCGCACUUGAACGGGAUGCAUCAUCCCGGACACCCCGCGUCCUCGGCGGGCCACCACCCCCACUCGCACCUCCAGUCUCCAUCUCACGGCGGGCCGGUGUUAGCUUCCACCAGGGAAAGACCGCCCUCCUCCUCCUCGGGGUCGCAGGGGGGAAACGGUUCGGGGCAGCUGGAAGAGAUCAACACCAAAGAGGUGGCGCAAAGAAUCACGGCCGAGCUGAAGAGGUACAGCAUCCCGCAGGCCAUCUUCGCUCAGAGGGUGCUGUGCCGCUCUCAGGGGACCCUGUCGGACCUGCUGAGGAACCCCAAGCCCUGGAGUAAACUAAAGUCCGGCAGGGAGACCUUCAGGAGGAUGUGGAAGUGGCUGCAGGAGCCCGAGUUUCAGAGGAUGUCGACCCUCAGGCUGGCAGCGUGUAAGAGGAAGGAGCAGGACACGGGCAAAGAUCGCAACAACACACCAAAGAAGUCGCGGCUGGUCUUCACCGACCUGCAGCGGCGCACCCUCUUGGCCAUUUUCAAAGAGAACAAGCGGCCGUCCAAGGAGAUGCAGCUCACCAUCUCGCAGCAGCUGGGCUUGGAGCUGACCACGGUCAGCAACUUCUUCAUGAACGCCCGCCGCCGAAGCCUGGACAAAUGGACAGACGAAGGAGGGAGCCCCGGAGGCCAGUCGUCCUCGUCCAGCACUUGUACCAAAGCGUGAUUUUAGACGGAGGGAAGCGAGAGGGAGGGUUCCUGGGAAUACGGGGUGGGUGGACGGGUUUGAAGCAAGGAGGAAACUUUUUACUAUUUUUUUGUCUGUUUAGCUUUGUCGAUGUUGACAAACCGAGCGAGGGGCUGCUCACUGUGACGACUUAUUUGUAGCCAAACCACCUGAUUCCACCUCAUCACACGCCAAUUUCCAUGCUGAACGCUAACCUCAUGUUGAGAACACGGAAACCUCACCGCUAAUGUUUCGCCGCUAGCCCAGAUACCAAAGACUAGAGGACAGUAUCUGUUUUCUAAUAUGCAACAUAAGCUAGAAAACAGCCUAUGAAAGCUUUAUGACAGCGGAAUGUGCUUGAUGCUGACCAACCUGAUGACUUUACUAUCCACGACCCAUAUAUAGGACAAAUUGGAAAAGCUGACCAGAGUUACUUUUGACCGUUGGACCAUCCACACGUUCCAUUGAGUAUUUCCCCAAAUGAAUCGGAAGAGUCACGGUGCAAUAUUUCCCUUGAAAAAGGUCUCCACUCUGUGGACCAGUCGUCUUAUUCUUCUCACACUUGUACGCCGACCUGCCAAUUUACCAAAGAGAGCGGACACAUUCACGAGACGGGACACGCAAGCACAACACACGUAGACACAGUUUCUUCUGAGUUUUGGUGCAUUCCACUGCUUUACAACGUACCUGAGCACAAUCUUGAAGCACAUUUUCUUUGCAAUAGAACCGGGGGUCUCCGCAAAGCCGAGUGGUCUUCGCAUUUUAGAAAACUCAGGAUGCCAUUUUUUCUAAACAGAGGCUGAAUUCCACUCGGCUACCACACACACACACACACUCGCGACACGACUUAGUUUACGCACCGGCCAGAACUUCCAAGGCUCACCAUGGCUUCUUCCACUCACCGUAGCUAACUCUCCCAUCGGGACGGGCGUUUCUGCUAGCAUCUUAGCAUUAGCACAAUCCUGGUUUAUACCCAAAGAUAGAAAUCAUUUCCAGUCUCAGCGUGGAAGCCCCAGACUGAGACUGCCAAUCAGCCACAACCCCCUUGGAAACUUUGGUUAACGCUCAUCCUGGACUGAGGAUGACCUGGCUGACUCAGCAUUAUGACUGAGCUGAACCGAGGAGUGGACCCAUCUGACCCUUGCGACGGACUGUCCAGGCGAAUCAGGGCCUUUGUAAUAGUUGAAGAGGACAAUCUAAAGACGAUGCCUGGCAGCUCCAUCCCCAGCGUCAGUGGGAGCCAACAGCCGAGGUUCAUUCUUUCAAACGCUAAAGGAGGGUCAUAAUUCGGCGAUGCCAAACAUCAGACGUCACCCCAAUCACACACACACUCGCUGUACAGCUGAUGUAAAUACUCACCAAGCAUCCAACCCGACAGUUUCCUCACCUCAUCCUCCAUCUCUCAUGAGCUAUCAAACCAAAAAAAAAAAGGAGCAAACCAAAGGACAAGCGUCAGUCAGCAGCCCCUCCUCCCUCAGGCUGAGCACCAGCCUGCGUAGGCGCGAGCCAAAGGCUUUAAGAACAAUUUAAAAUUUAAAAAUGGACACUUGAGACUUUUUCUAUUUAUUGACAAAUCGAAACCAAAGAAAACCUUUUUCUGCACCUAACUGUUCCACCAAAUGGAUAAAAACUGAUGAUGGAAGAGAAUUAUUACCAAAAAAAUAGAUUUAAAGAAAAGAAAAAAAAAAAAGAGCGGUGGCGACGAUGUCAAGGGUGAAGGACGUCGGAAGAGAAGGAGGGAGGAUAGCAGGAGGGAUGACAUCAUGACAGCAGAGAAGUAGAUUUGCUCUGCCUGAUGUGGAGUCAGGCCAUCUUUAAGGGGAAGCCAGCUGACAAAGGGUUUAAAACGAAAACCACACGGGAAGGAGGGAAGGCCAGAACGGAGGACAUCGUCAUCAAUUUUCUUCCCUCCGGCCCCUAAAAAAAAGCAGAACAUUAAUGUGUCUCUCACGGUUGAAGAGUGUCUUUAACGUGUGCCUAUGCAGUUUUUCAAAGUAAAAAAAUGGUUAAAAGAACAACAGAAACCUCAUCAGCUAACAAACCAAAGAUUCACUGUUAACCGCAGCAGCAGUCCUCCUCACCUCCCAGUAGAAAAGGUCGGCUAAGCAGCUCCGGCUCCGCCCUCGCUGGAUUAGGCAUAUUCCACUGUGCAGACAGAGGAGAAUGUUCUUGUGUUUCUCAGCAUUGACGGUCUGUUCCAGUCUUAGAUCGCACUUCUCAAUCGAGCUUCUGGAGUCCACCCACGCUGUUGUUUAAACCUGCUCAUGUCCGUGCUGUGUGAGAUGUACAGAUUAUACCAAAGAUUUCCUGCUGUACUGACGGUAGCACAUGGGCACUGAUCACUUUUAAACUCGACGAAUCAACAGAACAUCAAUGGUCAGCGUUAGUGUCUUCUAACUGUUUCCACGUGUCAAGCUUGACCUGUAAGGCUCAAACAAUCACAGCUACAACCAAAACAGUGGGUUUCCUCAUCUGCUACUGAGCUGACAAAUGGUCUCUAGGAAUGUCCCAAACACACGGAAGAAUCGUUUCUUUCGCGUGUACACUUGAGACUUGCAACCAGAGGAAGCUGUGACGGCACGUGAGGAGAGGAGGAACUUCGCUGCUGCUGCGACAUGUUCACCAAAAACAGAGAUACCAAACAAAAGAACACCCACCGAGAGAAAAUGCUAAAAUAUCGGUCAAAUAGCUUUAUCCUUAGUUUUCUCUCUCUCUUUCUGUAUGUGAAGCUGUAAGUCCAAAGAAGAGCCUGUUGUUUAUGGUGCAGGGGGGUGGGGGGCGGGUGCGGGGCGGCGGCAGCCAUCAGCCACGCCCACCACUGUCAGGAUGGAACACAAACUUCAACGUCCCAAAGAUGUUUCACCUCAGUGCGUCGUGGAGCACUAACAUUCCGAACUCGAUGUUUUGCAAUAUGUUGUUAUUAUUGUUAUUUAAUGUAAUUUAUGUUUCUUGAUAAUGGUGGGUUAAUUUAAGCGAACAAAUUGUGUUGCCAAAUCUCCCUUGUUCCCUGAUGCUCAUUAGCUUUGCCAAAGUUUACACUGUUCCCUUUUCUUUCUGUCCCAUGCUGUAUUUAUUUAUGAGCUGUUUAGAACACGCUAGUUUUGUACGUCAGAAUAAUUUAAUGGUAUUUAAUUAGAUGUCAUCUUCUUGAUUCCUAUUUAUGCCUAUUUAAGAAUGUUAGUGGCAUCAAAGAUGCAGUGCUUGUGCCAGACCCCUUAAUUUAUUCUUAGUUAGCUUUACUCUAAAAAGCAAAGGCAAUGUUGUUUUCAGAAUGUUUAGCUCGACAACCUAGGAAUGUCGCGGUAGAUUCGUCUUCUCCUGAAUGUCAACAAUCUAGCCAGUCUAGUCUUUGGUUUUUUUUUGUUUUUUUUUGUCUUUGUUUGACCGAACAAUCGCGACUGAAUGAUGAGCACUGCAUCUGCUUUCCUUUGACCGCCUGUGAUUUACUGUGGCUAAUUUAUUGUCGUUUUCAUUUGUUUGUGUCCUGCUGACUUUGAGUUUAUGACUGAUGUUAUAGUUCCACUUGAUCAGGUGAUGUAAAAGGCCACACGUGGUCAUGUGACUGACCCACCAAAGAUAACUGGAAUCCUUGAGAGGCCAAUAAACCGUGUGUUUACAUCCACGCAGCCCCAUUCCUGGUUAAGAUCUUAUUCAUCCAGUCUGUCACAAAAUCGGACCCUCCAGACUGUGUUCUUUGAUGACACUUCUGGACAAGUACUCGCUUUUUUUUGCCACAAACAAAACCAAAGAAACAUCAAAGAUCAAACUGUCGAUCCACUAGUUUCAGCCUGGUAAAGUGAGUCCACAGCCUCCUUUACGUUUCACAACAUAAGAUCUUAUCCAGGUUCCUGACGCCGCCGUCGCUCCGCGCGCGUGUGUGUGUGUGUGUGUGUGAGACUGCCUGCAUGCAAACACACACAGACUUGUUUCAUUGGUUAGGAAGAAAAACUGAGACGUCCCAUAAAGCAAGCUGCUUCCAAGACUGACUGUAAAAAUAAGAAAAAAGAAAAAAAUCUGUGUGAGGAGUGAGAAGCAGAGCGGCUACCUCACUGGUGUUAACAUUUGUCCUCUUAAUCGUGUUGAUGAAACCAAAGAAACCAAAGAUUCUUUUCUCUCCAGUGCGAUCUGCACUCAGCCUCAACACUCUGGUGGUAUUUCUCCUCAGCGAUGACACCCCUUCAUUGUCCUCUUCAUUUCCUCCCUGAUCUCCUCUGUCCUUACUCUCUGCUCCUGCACUCUCUUAGCCUCGAUUCCCGCCACACUGUUCGGUGGAUGUCAGGACAACUCAAAUAUGCUCAAUGGAUUUUCCUUUCUCUUCUCCUCCCAUUAAGUUAUGGCUAUGGAAGUGUGAAUGGGAGGAUGUCAGACGAAGAAAGGGAGCAAUGUCUUGCACUGAAAUAUUCCGUAGCUUUGACCCACACACCAUUGGGCCGACUUACAACUUUCAAUGAGCGGAAUGUUUUCCUUGUUUUAAACACUAUUCCGCAGCAUCGGCGUGUUUCUGGUUUUGUCAACCUUUUUCAGUCCAACACAAUCUAAACCUACCUUUUCAGAACCGGACUAGCACUUACAGUAAUACACUCACUCACCAUGAGGCCAAGCCUGUUCAGUUGUCGACAUGCUGUUUCCAAAUCCCCUGACCUCCUGAGCAUCUUAACUGACCUUUUCACCAGAACCCUAGCCUCCGCUCCAAGCCUCUCAGCGACCACGAACGCUUAUGGCCCCAUGGUGUCAUGUUCUAACUGACCAACUCCAAUCCACCCUUCAAGCUUGCUUUCCUAACCCAGGCCCUUUCACAGUUCCAGGCCUAAAACCCUACAUUCUAGUUAGAGACCUCAGUGAACCAACUGAAUGAAAGUAAAUAGACAAUAGCCCAUUUAUUUGUCAGCACUUGUUGCCACUCAAUCACGUGCAUUCAUUAGCUUCAAGCCAUUUACACUCAAGUGAAAAAUGGUGUGCAGUGUGUCACUGUCAAAGUACGGCAAAGAUGGACUGGGCAGACCCACACGCCGCCCGUAGACCUAACUGUGAAAGUAUUUCUGAGGCCUGUUUCUUAGUUCUAAAUGCCUGGACCAUUGCCCCUCAGUGCUCACUUCUAAACAACACAGUUUAACAAAAGCAAAUGACACAGGAGUGUUAUUCCCAUCCCAAUGGCCCUGCUUGACACUGACCCUCGGACCCUACACCUGGAAGAGAGAGAGAACUGGCAUUACUUGCUGAGCUAAACACAUCAACGACAUCCACAUCAACACAGUAAUACUGGUUGAGAUGGCCUCUAGUGUGAUGUUACACAACCUGGUUUUCACUGGGUAAAAACUGUUUGAUGAAACAAUAAAGCAGCACCACUGUCCUAAAAGGUAACUCCCCUUGAACUGGAAAGGAAAGGUUUUCUUCUUCCGUCAAGUCGAACGCCUAUUUUGCAAAGGUAUUUCAGUGCAAAACAUAAAUGACUCUCAUGUUAAACUUCAUGAUUAACAAUGUUUCAUGUGCUAAGUGGUUCAGAAAAGAGCAGGUGAGACAUAAAGCUUCCAACCAGACAGGAUUCUGUUGCAAAGUAUAACCUUGGACGUCUCGACCUCCGUCUCAUGCUACUAUUCCUGGCUGGUGCAGGAGUCUUCCCUGCUCUCUGGUGCUUUGCAAUGGCAAAGAAAAGCAGAGGGAGUGAAAAACAGACCUGCCACUAUAGUGACGUAUUCUUCCUGUCACUGUGUUACGUUUCAGUGGGAAUGUUUUAAGCUCUUCCGCUUCUUCAGUCCUCCGUCAUUAAUGUCGACAUUCUGAAAACCUAAGAUUCAUCCACUCUUGAACGGUUGCAAAGCUUUACAGGAGGAGAAACCCGGACAGAGAGUUGAGUGCAGAGCGUUCUGUUUGUACCAAACUGUUGCAGAUAUACCUCAUAGACCCUAGUGUUAGGAUGAUGACCAUGAUGUUAUUAUUAUGAUGAUGAUGAUAGCGUAUGUCAUGGAUUAUUCACGUCUUCAUUUUUUGGUAACUGUAACUUUAAACAAAUGUUGGGGAAAGCUUUAUACAAAUUUUGUUUUUGUUUUUUUCUUUUUGUAAUAGUUAAAAAGGUGUGCUGAAACCAAAAAUGAGAAAUGCUUGUCUUCUUCCAUUCCUGUUGAUGCUCAACUGGUUUUCCACAACCAGGAGAGUCAGCGCUUUGUCUGCAUUUUCGCGCCAGUCAGGGGUUUUGUUCUUCAUUCACAGCAAUGUAGAUUCAUGCAUGGGCUUAUUUACAUUUAGCUGGCCAUGUGACACAUUGUGAGUUUUCUUAUGAGCCUUUUCAUCAUCAUCAUCAUCUCACUUCAUUUCAUCAGCUGCAACCUCAAAGACGUCUAUUUAUUUUUAUUAUGAUUAUUUUUUACUUUAGAGGACGUAUAAAAAAACGCCAAUGUAAGAAGACUGCUGCCGCCUACAGUCACCCCAAUAACAACAAAGAAUUAAAAACGGAUUGAUUCAGUGGAUCAAAAGUCAUUCAUGAUCUGGAGUUUGCUUUUCAUUGCAGUGUCUGGUUCCAGGCAAAAUGUGUUGAAAUGGAAUGUAUCCACUGCCUUUUGAAACGAUGCUGCCCCCUGUAGGUUUCAUUUAUUACUUACUGGAUUUGAGUGCUAAACUGAAUGGUUAGUGUUUAUUUAUUCUGAUGUUUGACUGCUGAGAGAGCUUCAGUUGUCGUGUUAUGUAACAAGCAGCAUCUUCAUACUGGAGCAGGGAUCAAGCUGAUCUCCACUAUUAUUGUACAUUUACUUCCCUAUUGCGAUGAUGAUAGACAUUUUUUUGUUCACGCAGUCCAAGAACAAACAACAAACCAAAGCAAUCCUGUUGAAAGAAAGCCGGGAAAAGAGGAAGCUAUUUUCAUGAGUUGACUAGUCUUUGUUGUUGUUGCUGUCUGUGAUGUAUCAAUGCACUCUGAAGGGCUUGAAGCCACCGUGUUGAAUUGAUUUGGUAACCUUUAGUCAGUAUUCCUGCUGGAAAAUAGAAGUGACAACAGAUUUGUAAAAAAAAAUAAUUCAGUCAACAGCAUUGUCUGAAUUGAAGGGACACUUGUUUCAUGAACUCUGUGUUAAACGCAGCAUAGGAGUGGUGAGUUUGUCAGCAUUAGUGCGUCCGUCUUCCAUGGCAAACCCUGAACAUUAAAUCACAACACAGCAAAAACAUUGCAGCGUCAUCACAGGUCGAUCACAAGCCGUCCUCCAUCACAUUGAGGGUCUCUCAUUUUUAACCAGUGUCCUUUUCUUUUUCAUUCUGGUGGACAGUUCUCAUCCAUUGAAAGAUGCGUUCUUGUUUUCUGGUGGCAACAGAAAGUGAUUGAAAACUGGUGUGGAAUCAAACGAUGAUCGAACAUGAAGCAGGAUCAAUGUUGGUCCACCCUCUGUAUAAACAACGGAAGAAAAGAAUAAAGAAAUCACAACGUUCUUUUCCAUCAA